CACGCCUCGUGCGUCGCGUCGCGGCGCUCACUGGGGGCCCGGCUUUCGCCCGCUGCUGCCGCCGCCGCCGCCGGCCGCGGCUGCUCUCCCAAGAUGGCGGCUCCUCCGGGCGAGUACUUCAGCGUUGGGAGCCAGGUGUCGUGCCGGACGUGCCAGGAGCAGCGGCUGCAGGGCGAGGUGGUAGCCUUCGACUACCAGUCCAAAAUGCUGGCUUUAAAAUGUCCCUCUUCCAGUGGAAAGCCCAACCACGCAGACAUCUUGCUCAUAAACUUACAGUAUGUUUCAGAAGUGGAAAUAAUUAAUGACCGAACAGAAACCCCUCCUCCCCUAGCUUCACUCAAUGUUAGUAAGCUUGCCAGCAAAGCACGGACAGAGAAGGAGGAGAAGCUGAGCCAGGCCUAUGCAAUCAGCGCUGGUGUUUCCCUAGAGGGCCAGCAGCUCUUCCAGACCAUACACAAGACCAUUAAAGACUGUAAAUGGCAAGAAAAAAACAUCGUAGUCAUGGAAGAAGUUGUUAUUACACCCCCAUAUCAAGUGGAAAACUGUAAAGGCAAAGAGGGGAGUGCACUGAGCCAUGUACGCAAAAUAGUUGAAAAACAUUUUAGAGACGUGGAAAGCCAAAAGAUACUGCAGCGUUCACAAGCCCAGCAACCACAGAAGGAGGCUGCCCUGUCAUCCUGAGUCCACACACACGGAGGGCUCUUCCAGCGUCCAGCCAGCGAGGCGACGGUGGUGGCUUCGGCGGAGGCAGGCCGGGGGAGGGAAGGGAUCCUAUGUUUCCUGUUGGCUCUUGUUAACAAAGGGUCAGCAUUUCCAAAUCUUAGACUUGAACA